CGUUUUGGACGUUUUGCGACGGACGGAUGAACAGACGGGCGUAUCGUGUUUGAUCAUCUCGUGAAUUCAGAAAACAGAAAUUUAACUAUAGUUUUCACAAAUUUUGUGCUUUAUUUUUUUCAAAAAGUAUGUAACAACAGCUAUGCUGAUAACCAUUGUCUACAUGUAGAUUCCUAUCACAAACUUUGCAUCAGUGAAUGAUAUUCAUAAAUAUAUUUUAUCUAUUGUAAACACCGUAAUAGUUAUUUGUUAUUUUCUUUGGUAUAAAUCACAAGAAUGAGUCAUUGGCUUAUUCUUGAGAAUUUCUUAUGAAAUAGUUUUCAAUUCCUUGUGGUGUUCAUUAAAAUGGCUGAUUUGAUACGUGCAAUGGGGCCAUCAAAUGGACCCCCUGUAAAGGAUAAGUUGGGUUCGCCUUCUACUGAAUCAGAAGGCGGGGGUGAUAUAGCAGAACUUGCAGCUGAUUUGGAGUUAGAUGAAGCUGAUGGACCUAGUACUAAUGGUACUUUGUUAGGGGAAAGGCAAGCUGUUCUGGCUCCCCCUGAGACCGAGUGGUACCAUGGCCGUCUGGAUCGAUACACAUCAGAAGAAAGGUUGUGGGCUGCUGGAAAAUUGGGCAGUUAUUUGGUUCGUGAAAGUGACAGAAAACCAGGUUCAUAUGUCUUGAGUUACUUGGGUCGCACUGGGAUCAAUCACUUUAGGAUUACAGCUGUUUGUGGCGACUACUACAUCGGAGGUCGUCAGUUCGAUUCCCUGGCUGAGUUAGUAGGUUUCUACAGCCACUGCUCCGAUUUGCUGAAGCGGGAACGGCUUGUGGAACCAGUUCCGCCGCCUGAGCCCGUCAACGAUAAAAAGAGAGUGGUAGCAAUCCUGCCGUACACGAAAAUGCCAGAUACUGAUGAGUUGACAUUUCAAAAGGGCGACAUUUUUUUCGUACAUAACGACAUGGGGGACGGCUGGCUUUGGGUCACGGCGCACAGAACUGGUGAGCAGGGUAUGAUCUUCAGGGAGUUAGUCGAAGACCUGGACCCGUCAAUCGACCCGAACACAGUAUUUUCCUGGUUCCACCCCAACUGCACCAAAAGCGAGGCAGUUGACAUGCUGGUGAAGGCUGGCCCGGGUAGUUUCCUCGUGCGCCCUUCGGACAAUUCCCCCGGAGAUUACUCCCUGUUCUUCCACAUCAACAACCAAAUCCAGAGGUUCAGGAUAGAGAAGAAAGGCGUCAGGUACCUGAUGGGAGGCCGCACUUUUGAGUGUCUGGACGCGGUUAUAAAUAGAUACAGGAAAGAGCAGAUUGUGGAAGGACACACUUUAGGACAACCGCUGAUAGCAGAAGGACAUGUAAUCGAGCCACAGCAGAACGCCACAGGCGCCGCGGCCGAAAAAAUAUAUGCGACAUUGCGCGAAUGCCGAGAUCAGAUUGGCCUGAAGAAGAUGAAGGGUAUCAAACACCAAGGCUACCUCAACAAGAAGUCCGAUAAAGCCGCUAAAAAAUGGAAGGCCUUAUACUUCGUUCUUUUGCAAGAGGGAACAGAUACACAUCUGUACUUUUACGAUUCCCCAAAACGCACGAAACCGAAAGGGCUCAUCGACCUAUCAUGCGCAUACCUUUAUCAGGUGCACGAAUCGCUAUGGGAGCGCGAAUUCUGUUUCCAACUGGUAGAGCGUGCGUUGCCGUGUCUCUCUACUCACACUUUCCUAGCGGCCAACAGCGCGGGCGAGGAGAGGGCGUGGCUAGACGCCCUGCGGCCCUUGUGUGUGCCGCAACAGGCCAAGCAUCAGUGCAAGGUCCCGCGCGUGGUGUGGUUGCGCGCGCUGCGCGUGCGCUGCGUGACGGCGCACCGGCUGCCGGCGCGCCUGGCGCCGCGUCCGCACCUGCGCCUGGCGCUGGGCGCCGCGCCCGUCGCCCGCACCCGUCCCCGCCCCUCGCCCGACCCGCAGUGGGACGACGAGUUCGUCUUCGAUGACGUGCCUCCAGAUGUAACAUCUUUCACGAUCACCGUUCACAACACAGGGAAACGUGGCAAGGAAUCUGAGGUGGCAGAGUUGACAAUAGAGUUGGCGAACCUCGCGAACGGCGAAGAGACUGAGGAAUGGUAUCCGCUCGCCGGCAUGACUCCCAUUGGCGAGUGGGGCUCGCUUAGAUUACGUAUAAGAUAUAUGCAAGAGUUGGUGAUGCCACGUGAGGAGUACAACCCCCUCCGCCAGUUGUUGUUGGAGCCAGGUCUACCUGCGGUGAAGGCAUUGGCAGAAUUGUGCAGGACAGACAGACAACCGUUGGCCACUUCAAUCCUGCAGUCGUUCGCGUCGUGCGGACGCGGCGCGGAGCUGGCGCGGGAGCUGGCGCAGGCGGAGCUGGCGCGCGAACCCGACGCCCGCGCUAUGUUCCGCGCGGCGUCGCUCGCCACCGCUGUGCUGGACGAGCUCAUGCGGGCACACUGCAAGCCCUUCUUGCAGGCUGCAAUAUCGGAGACAGUGCAGAAGUUAAUAGACUCGAAGCAGACCGCGGAACUCAACCCGACUAAAAUGGACUCUCCGGAUGAUGCUUGCAGUAACGCGGAGUUCUUACUCAUGAUACUUGAUCAGAUAACGCUGUCGAUCUUCACGUCGCCGGAGUCGUGCCCGCGGCCGGUGCGCUACCUGUGCGGCUGUCUGCAGCGCGCCGCCGUCGCCAAGUGGCCCAACGAGCGCUUCGUGCGCACCAGGGUCGUCUCUGGUUUCAUCUUCCUGCGGCUGAUCUGCCCGGCGCUGGUGGAGCCGGUGUCGUGGGGGCUGGUGCCCGCGGCGCCGCCGCCGCACGCGCAGCGCUCGCUGCUGAUGGUGGCCAAGUGUCUGCAGAACCUCGCCAACCUCGUCGAGUUCGGAGCUAAGGAGCCAUACAUGGAGGUAGUGAACCCAUUCAUCUUGAAGAACAAGGAGCGGAUGGUUGUGUUCCUGGACCAGCUGAGCUGUGUGCCCGACCCCGGCAAUCCACCGCCUAACUCCAAUAACAACGUGGAUAUUGCGAAAGAAUUGGCGACACUCCACCACAUCUGCGUGUCGCACCUGUCGGAGCUGCAGACGCUGGGCAAGUCGCAGCCGGCCAUCAGGAAGCUGGUCACCGUCACCGAGAUGCUGACCAAACACAAACACAAGUACCUCGAGAUGAUCAGAUAGGACCCGCUCUCAUCUGGGACGCUUCUUGGGUAAAGAUCACGAUCCGUUAGACUAGCGGUAGAGAAUAUUCACAAGUCCUCCGGCUUAGGAUAAGGCAUCAUACCUUAGUCGUAUACGCGUAGUCAUUGUUAGCUUUAGCCAUUAUUUAGCAUCGUAUACGCAGUUUAUAUUUUGGAUUAUUUUGGGGCUUCCUUGUGCCAAAGUUUUGGGCUAAAUCUAAGCUACUACAUGCAGGGUGUGGACCUGGUGUUAACCAAAAUUGAGGGUUACCUUUCAUCGGCCAAUAGUUCCCAUUGAAAUUUAAAAGAAUACAACCUAUUGGUUAUCCCCACUUUUGGUGCAUAGCAGGCCAUAGUAGAAUUUACGUUUUAUGUUUAACAUUAUUUUGGGAUGAAGAUCCCGCAAGGCCUCUGUUUACGAAUUAGCAUUUAUUGCAAUUAUUUUCUUAUAAACAUAGCUCUCUAAUAAGUGUAGUAUAAAAUAUUUAUUUCUACUUAUAUAUUAUUAAAAUUUAACUAUUAUUUUAAACGACAUACGAAACGAUAUAUACAUGCUUAAAAAUAUUUUAGAUUUUAUAUUUUCUCUCUAUUAACUCAAAACGUGAGGUUUAGUCAACUCUCAAAAACGCAUCAAUAUUUGUAUUUACACUAAACGGUUAUUCUGGGUACUUGUACUUCGAGAAAACACAUUGUUUUUUUUCUAAAGCUUUAAAUUAGAAAUAAUAUUUUGUACUAAUUUAUCUAAGUGAAAUAUAAUCAUUUAAUAUUUAUGUAUGAUCUUAUUUAGAAUUUAUAUUCAAGUAUUAUCUAAGUUUAUGCAUUAUUAGCAUUAACUCUAGUUGUAGCUUUAGGAUAACAUUUGACCAUCACUCAUGAGACACCAAAAAUGUACUAGUGAAAGUAUGAUUGUGAUAGUUGAGAGUCGUAGGUUGGUGUUCUUCGAAUUGAUCUUUGAAUGUGACAAUGCACUUACAUUUACGCAGUGCACCGUGACUAUAAUUAUUGAUUCUCUGUGAUAAUUAUUCCUUCUUGAAUAACAAUUGCAUUUUUACUGUGAUUUGAUUGACUUUGAUUGGUAUUCACAUAAUUUUCUCGUGUUAUUUAGGCCUUUGGAUGUUCUUGGUAACUGAGAAAAAUUCUGGAAUAAGUUUACUUUUUAUAUUUCUGUGGUUUACAUUAUGUCACAAAUAUAUUCAUGGAACAUAAUUCUGUCAUGAAACAUUCUGCUCAAUCAGGCGAUCAGAUCUGAAGAAAAGAUAUGUAUUGUACAACCCAUGUCUUGAUAGCUUUAAUCAAAUAUUCUUAUCUAGUAUUACACAAGAAUGCUACAAAGUCACUGAGACAAAUAAACUGUCAAUUUGUCUAGUUGUUUAUUCACAUUAAAGAUUACCUUAUAACAUUAUUCAUACAAUUUCCUCGUCUGUUGCUCAAUAAACGUUAUGUUUUUAGUGGUUCAUAUUUCUAGUGCCAUAUCAUUCUGUACUUAUUUUUUUGCGUAAUCACUGCACUUGCCUUUUUAUGCAUCACAAUUUUUGAUUGUUGUAUUUGCUGUAAGUGCUGAGGGAGUUUAUUUUUUUCGCUUGGAUUUAUAUGUCCUAGAUGUUGUCUUAUUGAGGCAUUCAAGUAUUAACAGAAAAAUUUUACUUGAAGGAUUUUAUAUUUGUUUACAUGUGGAGACUGCAGCAUUGAUGUGCAGAAUUUUUAUAAAUAAAAGAAGAUUAAAGAUGUUUUUGAUUGUCAUGUUUGUUUAUACGUCCUCAGUAUACAAAUGUUCUCAAUUAGAUUCCCGAAUCGAAAAUAAAAUUAAUAAGAAGUAUUUUAUGAUAGACUGCCAUAAACUAGGAACUGAAUAACGGACAUCAAUGCAUCGAAGUCGAAACAUUCAUAUUUAUUUAGAGUUAGCUUGUAGGCGUAGUGGAUGUCGCCGUAUUUAAGUGUAUUAAUUAUGAUAUUAGCUUAUGAUAGGGACAAUGUCUAGACUGAUUUACUCUCCAAUUAGUCGUGUUAGUAAUUAUACAUUUAAUGCACUAGAUUUUCCAAGAAAUUGUAAAAGUGAUAAUAUUGCAAUAUUUCGGCCCAUUUGAUAUUAAAAUUUUGAUACUGAAAUUCGGGAGACUAUCCAUUAGUAGAUACUAAGUAUUACUGUUGAAUUUUUGAAACAUUUUAUUGCAUAUUUGUUUUUAAUUAUCAAAAGAAAGCAAGAAAUACCGCGUUCAGGCUUAAAUUACCAUUGUUUUAUCUAUUAUUUGCAGUUAAUUUUUUAAUGUUUAGUUUUCGAGACGCCGAUCAAGUUUUUACAAUGCAAUUUUCAAUAAGAACUAUAUAAAAAUAAGCACAAUAUACACGACUGCACUUAUUUACGCCUGUAUAUUAGGAAGACCUUUGCUUUCUUUCCAAUUUUAAGACUAAUCUGAAUCCAAAUUAUUAGUUCCAAUGUUAAUAAUAACAAUUAGUGUUAAACUAGAUUUUGUGACUGUUUUGUAAUCUCUAUAUUCUAUCCCUUAGUGUGUACUGUUUUCUAUUAAAUUUUUAUCUGUGCUAGAAACCAGUCUCAUAAAAUAAAAUUAUAGAAAUAACUUUUUAUUUUAUUCAAUAACUAGUUCAGUGCAACUUUCUGUUAUAUGAUCAUAUAAAAUAUGUGCCCUAAAUUCCUGAAAUACUGGAUUUUCUUAGCUUAGGCUCCAUUCCCCAUUCUUCCU